CUCUCUCGAAAUUGAGCUUUUCACCGUAUGGAAUUAAAGAAAAAUGCGUAUUUUUUGUGAUUUUUUUUUCUUUUUGGGGAGAUGGGAUUUUUGUUUUCAAAGUAUCCAAUCUGUAGAAGGCCUUUUUUGAAUAUCCAUUUGAUUUUUUGUCUGUGGAAAAUGGCCUUUUUUUUUUUUUUUUUGGCUUUACCAGCAAGUCUAAUAUCUUGAGUCUCUGUGAAGAUCUUUUAAAGAAUCGUGCUCUGUUCCUUUUUUGUGGGAAUUUUCUUUCUUUUGUGUUGGAUUCUUUUCUUUCUCUUCACAUGGGUUACUCUUCUUCUAUUUUAUGAAAAUUUAUGAAUAGUCCGGCAGAGUAUGGUGGGUUGUACUAAUGCAGCCAUUCGGCAUGCACGUUUCACAUUAUAUGUCAAUCCAGACCUUCCAAAUCAUGGCCCCCCCUGUGGAUGGAGAAUCAUUUAAAAGACGUACAGAUUAGAUGAUGCCAAUGGUCCUAUUUUGACUUGGACCGUUUAAACAUUUUCUUUUUAAGCAUUUCUUGAUUUCCAGAUCGGACGGUAGGAUAAUUUCUAUGCAUUUUUUAUUUUUUUAUGCAAUAUCCCAUGAUUUGGGUUGUAUGAACUGACUCACAUGUAUGCAACGUUGAUGCCGAUGCUACAUGCACAUGAUCCAUCAUACUCUGCCAGACUAUGGUGCAUCUCCUCCUGUUAUUGUUCCACUGGUGUUGAAUGCGAAAAAGCUGGGGAAUUCUUUGGUGGGUGGAAGACGAAUACAGGGCCUAGCAGGCUUUCCGUGACGAGCAAAUGGAAACUCUUCCUGAUGUUUAUCCCUUAACAAGUCUGCAAAUUGGGGAUAUACAGUCUUAUUUGUCACGGAUAUUCUUAUAUUUUGCCCCCGUGAGUAAUAAACUCCUCAUCCUUGUCGAUAACCGGCCAUGGUUUAUGAACAAGCACCCUAAAUCAACAAAGUUAUGGAAAUUGAUGGUCGCCAAGUACAGAAUGUCUCCUUUUUUAAUUACCAGGGUGCAAUGUAUGAACCAAAAUUCAGGAAGCAACACUGCAACGAAUGACCAUCUUAAAUCCACCAGUACUAAACACGAAAAGCUAGCCAGAUGGUUCUCUGUUAUAGAUGCUAAAAAAUGGCAGGAGAACUCACUGUUUCCUCUAAUGGAUUUGUCCAAAGCCCUGCAUGGUUUCAUAGUCUUUGAGGUCACCUGGAAGGAUGUGCGUGGUAUCAACUUCUUGAAUGAGCUUCAGGCAGACACGUCCCUUGCAUUGGAAGUGAAAACCAUGAAAAAAUGGGAAUUCAACAGCAUCGAGCAGUCUUUGAGUUGCAUAUCUUCGUGGUUCUCAGGCACAGUUUCCGAAACUCAAUCACUCCUGCACAAUUUGAAACUGUUAUCCAAUAUGGAUGCUCCUCUCACUUGCCAUCAGGAUCUUUCUCUUGUUUCCAAAGAGCGGUUGUCUCACGUUACAUCUCAGUUUGAAUCUUUUCCCGAAAAUAUGUUCUUCGAUGUUCAAGAAUGUGCCCCAGAAGCAAAUGAUCAUGGUGAUGAUCGGAAAUCAUGUAACACCGACUGCCAUCCACAGGAUUAUCUAGACCCGGUCAACAAACCAUACCAUGACUCGGUUUCUAUGCCAGGUGACUGUGAGCAAAAGAAAUCAGUGAAGGGUAUGGACUCGAAAGAGGAAUCUAAUAUCAAUUUCGCUCAGCUCUUGGAUACACUGCUUUUAUUUCGAUUCCACGACAGCAACAUUCAUUCCAAAUUAAGGAAGAUAAUCACAUCCGAUCUCCGGCUCCUUGCAUUGCUUGAGUCAGGGCUUCCAUCUUGGGUCAUUUUCCUCCAAUCCUAUCCCAUAUUGUGCAAAUCCUACCGUCCAUGGAUGCCGCCUCUCGCAAGAACUCUAUACACCUUGAUUUCUCUUGUGACUGUUAUCAUUGGGUUUUAUGAUUUAUACAAGAACGUGCCCCUUUUGAAGGCGACCGCAGCGAGCCUUUGUGGCCCACUCUUUGAUUGGAUUGAAAAAUGGGAGAUGAUUUCUAGGAUUAGGUAUCUUGGCACAAUGUUGUUCCUUCAAAAUUUCGAGAGAUCAGUGAAGUGGUUUCUGAUGGUGGGCCAUGUAAUCAGACCGGCAAUAUCGUUGCUAACAAAACCAUUGAUGGGGCCGGUCAUGGAGGUUGUAGAGCUCAUCUCACCUGUUUGGUGCAUGUUUGCCAAGAUGGGACGGUUGUGUUUUUCCACGGCUCGGGUUGUGUUGGGAUCCUCAUAUAGCACAAUCCUUUACUUGGCUGAGGUUUUCCUAUCACCGUUUGGGCUUCUUUUUUCCUAUUUAUUGACCAUAGUGGAAUCUGUUUCUCCCGUUUUCUCUUCCCUCUGGGAACUAUUACUUGUUCCCAUUCGAUUCCUCCUUGUGUUGGCAAAUUACACAGUGGCCUCCCUAUUCUACAAAGCAUAUUACGUGCUCAGAGACUUUUGGCAGUCUGCCAGCAGCGUCACACGGUUCACAUCAGGGGCAAAGCCUGGCGGGCGUUCUCUUUGGAAAGAUCUCUUAUCACAGGUGUUUCGGGCCACUCGAAGUAUCAUAAAUGGUUUCAUUAUUUUCUUCUCAUCAUGCAACAGGCACAGGUUAAGCAUAUACAACCAUGUUACUGCAUUCCUUCGUCGACUCUACCGGCUUCUCCGCUUGACCCCAUAUGCAUGUUCAUGUCGGAGAGCACAGAAGAUGGAGCACCAUUAUCACAUGGUGGAAUCCGAGGAAUGUGAUUUUUGCAAGUGAAGAGAGGUGAUCCGAGGAAUGUGAUUUUUGCAAGUGAAGAGAGGUGGCCCGCCGCCCUCAGCUGUAUACUAGAUGUAUGUGAGUGCAUUUUUGUGUGUACAUAUGCAUUCCUUUUGGGCUCUUGUAGUUAUAAAUGAGAGGAGAAAGAAACAGUGGAUCUCAGCUGAGUGUAGAUUGCAUUAGUGUUAAAGAUGGAAAAAAAAAGGGCCGGCAGUGUUCAUUUUCA